AUGAGUGACACUUUGACAUUAAAUGUCAUUGGUCGAAAAGUUGAAGUUAAUGGAGAACAUGCAACAGUGCGUGUCCCUUCUGUGGCAGGACCCUGGUUAGGAGUAGAAUGGGACAAUGCCGAGAGAGGAAAGCAUGAUGGGAGCCACGAAGGGACUGUGUAUUUUAAAUGCAGGCACCCAACAGGAGGGUCUUUUAUCCGCCCUAACGAGGUGAAUUUUGAAACAGACUUUCUUACUGCAGUUAAGAACCGCUAUAUGUUAGAGGAUGGACCAGAGGACGAUGGAAAAGAGCAAGUUGUUACCAUUGGAAAUAAACCUGUGGAAACGGUUGGUUUUGACUCUAUUGUAAAACAGCAAAGUCAGCUGAGCAAGUUGCAAGAAAUUUCUCUGAGGAACUGUGCAGUCAGUUGCGCUGGUGAAAAAGGAGAAAUUACCAAAGCAUGUCCAAAUAUUAGAGAGAUAGAUUUGUCAAGAAACCUGUUGUCAUCCUGGGAUAAAGUGACUCGAAUUGCUGAUCGGCUCAGACACCUGGAAGUUCUUAAUCUCAGUGAGAAUAAGCUAAGCUUUACUUCGGGUUUAGCAUCUCCAAUCGGCACGUUUUCUACACUGAAGGUUUUAGUCCUCAUCCAAACAGGAGUAACGUAGGCUGAGGUGCUCCGGUGUGCUGCGGGGUGCCCAGCCCUUAAGGAACUGUACCUGAAGGCCAACGGCAUUUUCAUUUCAGAAAGGCCAACUGAUGUUCUACAGACAGUCAAGUUAUUAGACCUUUCCUCUAAUCAGUUAAUUGAUGAAAAUCAGCUGUUUUUGCUAGCAUAUCUACCCAGGUUAGAGCAAUUAAUCCUCUCUAACAUUGGACUUGCUUCGAUACACUUUCCAGAUGCUGGCGUUGGACGCAAAACGUCCAUGUUCCCGUCCUUGCAGUACCUUGUCGUAAAUGACAAUCAGAUUUCACAAUGGGCCUUUGUCAACGAGCUAGACAAGCUGCCAGGUCUGCAUGCCUUGUCCUGCCUGAGAAACCCCCUGACGGAGGGAACCAAAGACGCACAGACCACACGGCAGCUCAUAACUGCCAAGAUUGGUCAGCUGAAGACCCUGAACAAACGUGAGAUUCUGCCAGAGGAGAGGCGUGGGGCCGAGCUGGAUUACCGCAAGGCGUUCGGAAACGAGUGGAAAAAGGCCGGUGGGCAUCAGGACCCGGACAGAAACCAGUCCAGCGGGGAGUUCCUGGCGGCCCACCCGCGAUACCAGCUCCUGUGCCUCAAAUAUGGCGCGCCUGAAGAUGGGGAACUCAAAACACAACAACCAUUUGUGCUCAAAAACCAGUUACUGACAUUGAAGAUAAAAUAUCCUAAUCAACCCAAUCGGAAAUUCCUAGAGAAACAACUGCUGGACUCCAUGACAAUUCAAAAGGUGAAGGGCUUGCUGUCACGCCUUCUCAAAGUGCCUGUGUCAGACCUUCUGUUGUCCUACGAAAGUCCUAAAAUGCCAGGCAGAGAGAUUGAGCUGGGAAAUGACCUCCAGUCAUUACAGUUUUAUUCUGUGGAAGAUGGAGAUUGUCUAUUAGUGCGAUGGUCAUAACCAACUAACAAAAUUUAGAGACUAGACUGCUUAUCAUGUGUGGGGUUCACCAGAAACGAAUGACUUACUGCAACAGUUCCACUAGCCAAAAAAUGAGGUUCUAAAACUUGCCCUAAGUAUAACAAAGGAUGUAUUUUUCAUUUGGAAGAGAACAUUCUAGGCUUGUAUAUAAUAGCAAUAAUAAAGGCUUUGAACCUA